AUGGCAACUCGAAGAGGAAGAUGCAUGCAGUGUCGAAGGCCAAUGAUAGUGCCAUUGGAAGCCUAUAACAUUUCCAUUAAGUGUGGUGGAUGCCAAGGCUUCCCCGCUCUACAACCCAAUCAUCAUUUGGUGAAAAAUGCACCUUCCUUCGGUGAUUAUUAUGGCUAUGGAAGACGUAACCAAUUCUAUUAUCCUCCGUUGAACCCUCCUUCUCCGUAUGGCAACAAGAGGGCUGUGUUAAUUGGCAUUAACUAUGGUAAUCGGGUUAACAGGCUCAAAGGUUCCGUGAAUGACGUGCAUUGCAUGAAAUACUUUCUCGUUCACAACUUGGGUUUCCCUACUGAUUCCAUUCGCAUGCUCACAGAUGAUCCAGAGGAGAAAAAUUCACUUAGCAUCCCGACAAAACAUAACAUGCGAAUGGCAAUGAGGUGGUUGGUUGAGGGUUGCCGAUCAGGGGACUCAUUGGUGUUUCACUUCUCUGGACAUGGAUCAAAGGUAGUAGACACUAACAUGGACGAGGUUGAUGGGUAUGAUGAAGCAAUAUGCCCGGUUGAUUAUGAGCACGAGGGAAAGAUACUCGACGAUGAAAUCAAUGCUACAAUUGUUAGGCCCCUACCUCGGGGUGCCAAGCUUCAUGCCCUUGUUGAUACUUGCUUUAGUGGAACAUUUCUUGAUUUACCAUUUAUGUGCAGAAUGAACCGAAAGGGUUAUUAUGGAUGGGAAGAUCAUAGACACCCCAGAGCUGGUUACAAAGGCACGAGAGGAGGCCUAGCACUAUGCAUUUCGGCUUGUGAUGACGAUGGAAAUGCAGCAGACACAUCGGCCUUUAGUGGCGUGGAGCAAAGUGUUGGUGCCUUGACUUAUAGUUUUAUCCAAGCCAUGCAAGAUGAACCUAAUUUAACUUAUGGCCGUUUGCUUAAUUCCAUGCGAUCUAUAAUCCGUGGGGCUAAAGAAGGAACCUUUGGCCUAAAUCAUCAAGAGCUUACUCUGGACACCAGGCAGCAGUAUGCUCAUGAGUCACAACUGUCUUCUUCUGAGAAAUUUGAUAUUUAUUCAAAAUCGAUUGUAAUGUGA